UGUGAACCACAGCUUUAUUCAGUCGGCUCCUCCUAUCAGCAAGAGGAUCCCCUGUUAAGUUUUCAAUUUUUCAACAUGAGUCAUAAUAAAGUAAUUCCUAAGCUCUCCCUUCAGUCUCCUGUCCAUCACACCAAAUUAAAUGCCCAGUCCACAGUCCGGUCUUUUAAGAAAGAAGGUUUACAUCUGAUUUCAAAAGACUCCUUGGAAUCUGAUUCAGAAGGUGUCCCUCAAGAGAUCAAGUCACAGUCUGAACUUGAGGGCCAAAUCCAGGACAACGACCUGGAACCUGACAGCUUAGAGGAGGAAAGCCCUCAAGGGGAAAGCCUGAGUGAGACAGAAGAGGAGGCGAGCAGAAAAGUAGCUCAGAUGGCCAGCGAGGAAUACCACCAUUCCCAGGGCAAUGGCACCAGUCACAGACAACAACCCAUAGACGACAAAUAUUCAGACCUCCGAUAUGACCCAAACUGGAAAAAUAAAAAAGAGGAAGGGCAGUUGUUGACUGUGGAAGCAUUGCCGGAGUCUCUAGCCAGCUCUACAGAAAAUUUGACGUUGGAUCCACUCUACCCUUCCAAGGAGACCUCAGUGGAACCCUCAGGGGGAAAAGACGAACAGAAGAAGAGCCCACAGAGCGAAGCCUCCUUACUAGGUAGUGAAUUUUUAAGCCCAGACUGUGAGCGUUGUGCCCUUCGCAGCCAACCGUUUUCAGAGCUGAGUGAUGGUGACCAGGAGGAGAAAUCGAGCAACCUCUCUCAGUCCUUCAAGAGUUCAAGUUCACAUAAUGAGGUUUUCCUGCCAGGAUCCCGUGGCCCUCGGCGAAAGAAGUCCAUACAAUAUUUUGUGGAGAAAAACAAGCUGACUUUGGGAUUACCCACUCCUAAAACUGACUCUUAUCUUCAACUUCAUAAUAAAAAAAGGGGGGAAGCUCACCUAGAACAGGGAUGGUUGAAAGGACCAGGUGUCCCACGGAAAGAGAAGCUGUAUCCUUUCCUCCCCCUCAACCCACAGAAGAUCUCUAAACAUCCUAAGACCGACAAACAGAUCUCCUACCCCAUCAGAGUAACUGACAAGACACCUAUUCAGAAUGCCAAAGAGAUUGAAAAUGCUGCCAUCGAUCCUGAAGACAAAUGGCAUCAAAGAGCCCAACAGCUAAAGAAUUACCAGGAACAUUGGUCUCAAUAUGAAAACACAAAAUCAAGCAAUGUGCCCAGACGUCAGCCUUCUGAAGCAACCGACGGCCAGCAAACUUCCAGAAGCCCAGCCAAGCACAAGAUUCGAAAACAGCAUCAACGCCAGAAUGGCCUGAAAGCUUUAAUGACUAAAGAGCUAGUUGCCAGUCAAGUAAACCAGGAUGACAUGCCCAGACAGCAGGAAAACCAAAAUAAGCCUUUUGACACUUCAAAAAAGUAUGACUCAAUUGUGAUUACGAAUGCCCCUGACAAUGAUUUACAAGACUCAAGUGCACUUAGGAGCCAGAAUCCCAACGUGACCUCCAGUAAAUUUGCUCCACCAAAACAGGCUUUUGACAAGGUACCAUAUACAAACUCCACUGACUUUCACUCAGUGAUGAAUAUUAAUAAAGAAAGGGGGCACAAAGACCAAGAAGAGAAAGGAUUUUCGUAUCAGCACCUACAUGUCAACGCGCUUUCCAAUAUGGACUUGAACUAUGUUAAUGAACUUUCGAAGACACAAGUGCCCCUGAGCCAGAAAAGCUCUCAGCCUGUUUAUAACAUAAAUGUUGACGAAGCAACUGAAAAUAAGAAGCAACCCAAAUGGAUUUAUGCAGAGACCAAAUAUAAGAACUUAGAAAUGUUAUGGAAAUUCCAUUCUUCCUCUGACAGCCAACCUGUUAGAGCUUCUCCAGAAGCUUGGCUCACUCAGAUUAUGGAUCAGCAUCAGCAAGCCUUAAUGCAGCUGACUGAGAUACAGCCCAGUGAGGAGGCCUUAUCCAGCAUCACAUUUCCACCCAUAAUGUCAAGGGUAGAAAGUGAAUCCCAACUCAGUUCAGAAAGAAGCCAAAGAAACCACAUGAUAAUUAAUCGUAGCAAUUCUGAAGGCUAUCUAUUUCAACUGGAAAAAGGAAAACAACACAGGAAAAGAAGCAGCAUUAAGAGUUCCAAGCUGAAAGGUUAUCAGAAAAGAGACGUGAAGCUUGGAGGCCUGGGACCUGACAUUGAGUCCAUCAGAGACAAAAUGCACAAAUUAAUACAGCAAAAGGAAUAUGCGAAACAAGUUAAGGAGUACAACAUGAAGACACUAUGCAUUCUGUCAAAACCGCAAACAGCAAAAACUGAGACGAAAUCUGCCAUCCCUCGGCAGAAGGCUUUGGAAUAUGCUAAGACCAUCCCGAAGCCCAAAUCAUCAAAUCUGACUGAUCAUGCAUCAAAGGAAACAAAAAAUCCAGCCUCUACUGGAAAGGAAGACAGUUUACCUAAAAUCCCACUGUUGGAAAUGCUGCAGAGCAGACACGAAAGAGAAAAACGGGCUGUGGCUGCUUUCAAAGUCCUUCACAUUGUGUAGACAGCAUA